CAAAAGCAGGGAGAUAUAAACCCUAAGCUAAACCCGGAGGAAUCUUUGAUUUUGAUGUAUGGCGGAAAUUAACACUCUGGUGGUGCGUAAACCAUGUUUUGGUCUCCCAACUGGUUGCCCUGAAUGUCUCUCUGCAUACAUCUAUCUCAAAUUCGCUAAAGUUCCCUUCCACUUGGAUUUCCACCUCAAUAACCCUCAUACCGAUCAAAUUCCGUACUUUGAGUUUGGUGACUGCGUGGCUUAUAACAACGAGAGAGAGGGUAUCAUUGAGUGCUUGAAGAAAGAUGUUGGGGUUGUUGAUUUGGACAGUGUGUUUUCUACAGUCCCUGAGUGGAUUUCAACCAAAGCAAUUCUCACCACUUGGCUUGCUGAUGCACUUGCCUAUGAACUCUGGUUAGGGGGUGAAGGUUCCUCUGCUUAUAGCAUCUAUUACUCUGAUCUUCCGUGGCCAUUGGGGAAGAUUCUCUAUUGGAAAAAAGCUCAUUGGGUAAAGCUGAAACAUGGGAUUGCUAAUGACAAUGCUGAAGUAAAGAAAGAAGAGAUUUACGAAAGAGCAAACUCUGGAUAUGAUGCCUUGUCUACUUACUUAGGCGAACAGAAUUACUUACAUGAAAACAGGCCAUCAAGCUUAGAUGCUAUUUUUCUUGCACAUGGACUAGUUGUUCUUCAAACUUUACCUGAAUCUUCAGUGCUGCGAAUCAAGUUUUUAGAGCAUGCUAAUUUGGUUAGGUAUGUGCAACAAUUUCAAAACGAGAUUCUAGAAGCUACUCCAUCUCCUUCCUCUGUUCCACAAUUUCAUGCUGGUUCAUCAUCAUAUGCUUCCAGAAGUCAAUCAGGUUCGAAGCCUAAGAGUAAACCGAAAAGGGAGAAAACACAGGAGGAGAAAACCUUCAAAAGGAAGGCCAAAUAUUUUGUGGUAGCACAGUUGGUUGCAGUUGUUGUGUUCCUCACACUUAUGACUACGUAUGAUGAUGCUGAACUGGAGUUAGAUGAUGCUGGUCUUGAUUACGAUGAAUGAAAUUGCCUUUGUUCGUAUAUCUUUCUUCAAUGACAAAGACAAGGCUGCCACCAACCUUAAUAAAACAAGUAUCUCCUACUUUGUUAGCAUGCAAAAUUGGAAAAUUACCAUCAUUCUAAUUAUACACGAGUGUGAUUGAUAAUGGGAAGUUGCCAUUAUCUAUUGAGUUGUCGGAAAUUAAUGAUGACUAGGGGUGGAUAAGCGUACGGCUCUUUUAUUAGGCUAGAUUUGUGAAAUCCGCAUGUUCAAUUGAUUUGAUAAUAUUAUCAAAAAUACUUUCGUAGGCUUGUAUUGUUUUGUAAAGGUCCACACUAGACAGAUUGGUUCGUGGGUCUAAAUAGAAAUUUGAAAAAAAAAAUUGUAAAAUUUACCCGUUUCAAAUAAAUUUAUUUAUUUAUUUU